CAUGCGGCAAGUGAAACAGGAAAGGAGAAGUUGCUAGCACGGAAGUGUCGUCUUUGCUGUCGGCGGCGUGUUUAUAACGCAGCACUGUAUCUCAAUAUUUCUCUGGAUUUUUGAGGUCUAAAAGUCCUUCACAGCGAUGGCGCGAAAUGCUGAAAAAGCCAUGACCGCCUUGGCCCGUUUCCGCCAGGCUCAGCUGGAGGAGGGAAAAGUCAAGGAGAGGAGACCCUUCCUGGCGUCUGAGUGCAGUGAUCUUCCUAAGGCUGAAAAAUGGAGGAGACAGAUCAUCAGUGAGAUCUCCAAAAAAGUGUCUCAGAUUCAAAAUGCUGGUCUGGGUGAGUUCAAGAUUCGGGAUCUGAACGACGAGAUCAACAAGCUUCUGAGAGAAAAAGGUCACUGGGAAUUUCGGAUUCGAGAGCUUGGAGGAUCCGACUAUGUUCGCUUUGGGCCCAGGAUGUUGGACCACGAAGGGAGGGAGGUUCCCGGGAAUCGCGGCUAUAAAUAUUUCGGAGCAGCCAGGGAUUUGCCAGGCGUCCGAGAGCUGUUUGAGAAGGACCCCGCUCCGGAUCUCCGCAAGACCAGAGGGGAGCUGAUGAAGGAUGUGGAUGCCGAGUAUUACGGCUACAGAGACGAAGAUGAUGGCGUCCUGCUUCCUCUGGAAAUGCAGUACGAGAAACAAGCUGUGACGGAAGCAGUGCAGAAGUGGAGAGCAGACUGUCACCUUCCAGGAGACAAACAUCAAGAGGAAGAAGAGGAGAGCAUCUACACUGUCCACAACGAAGAGCCCGAUGAGGAUGGGUGGCAGGCAGAGGAGAUGGACGAAGAGGAAGGUGGAGUCGCGUUCUUCGCACACGUGCCGGUCCCCUCGCAGAAAGAGGUGGAGGAGGCGCUGGUGAGAAGAAAGAAGAUGGAGCUGCUGCAGCGUUACGCCAGUGAGAGUCUACAAGCUCAGAGUCAGGAAGCACGAACUCUGCUGGGACUUUAAGUGUGUGUGUGUGUGUGUGUGUGUGUGUGUGUCUUGAUGUUGUUUUCAUCUUUUUCAAUAAAAGCUUCUGAAA